CAUUUUUUUUAUACCAAAUAAGACUUUUACUUUUAUAUUUUGUUUGACGAAUUCCUUGAAGUGUUGGGCACUAUCGAAUGAAAAUGAAGAGAACUUCAGUCAGUCAUCUUACACCUAUUAUUGAGGUUGAUCCUCCUCCGACGUCAACGUCUCAAACCGCCUCGACCAGCACUGCGCAGGCAUCCGGCGCAGCUCAUGGCGGCAACGGGAGUCACCUGAACGUAACCGGAUGUCCGGGCGAGGAUAACGGAAGUUCAGACGAGGCCAACACGCCUCUUCACAGUCCAAGGUCACACAACACGAGUCGGGAAGAUGACGAGAGCUCGAACGCUAACGAAAGUGACUGUAAAAGUCCUAAUAAUAGGACAAAAUCCAACCAAAGAUGGAUGAAAUUAAGAACAACUGUACAAAUUUCUUCAGCAAUAUCAGCAAAAAAACCGCCUUUGAAACGGGAAGACUCGUUUUUGCAAAGAUUUUCAACGAGGCAAAUACCGGAAGCUCAAGAAACUGUUGAAGACACCGGAAGUGAAGGUUGUGCAGGUGACAAUAGAUCGGCACCGCGUCGUCGUAGGAAAAGACUCAGGCAACCCAGAACAGUAGUCAAUCCAGACUCGAAUUUUUAUUUUUAUUGGUUAUUCGUGCUGACAAUUUGUGUGUUACAUAAUUUAUGGACGUUAAUUGUUAGGCAGAGCUUUCCUGAACUCCAGGAAAUGCUUUCUACAUUUUGGCUUACCUGUGAUUGUAUAAGUGACUUGGUUUUUAUAUUAGACCUGGCUGUACAGUUUAGAACAGGAUAUUUAGAACAAGGUUUAAUGGUAUAUGAUUCCAAAAAAUUGGCCUCUCAUUACCUUCGCUCACGUGCCUUCGUAUUGGACCUGAUUGCCCUGUGUCCGGCAGAUUUGUUACAACUCAAAUUUGGUCCCAAUCCCCUGCUAAGGUGUCCUAGAUUUUUAAAAGUGUACAGAGCUAUCGACUAUUAUUAUAUGGUAGAAUCAAGAACGGUAUGGCCAAAUUUAUGGAGGGUGGUCAAUCUCAUACACAUAUUAUUGAUCCUUGCUCAUUGGUUUGGAUGUUUCUACUUUCUAUUAUCUGAAUCAGAAGGGUUCCAGGGUGACUGGGUAUAUCCCUAUCGACCUGGAGAUUAUGCGACCCUUACAAGAAAAUAUUUGGGGUCACUUUAUUGGUCAACGUUGACUUUGACUACAAUAGGGGACUUGCCGACACCUGAAACAAAUGCACACAGAGACACGGGUUCAGAGGAGGGCCCUCGGUCGCUGCCGCGCAGAAGGGUUAAAUCACGUCUGCUACAGUUCAGGACCAGUAACGGGUAUAUUUUUACAAUAGUUAGCUACCUAAUAGGAGUGUUUAUUUUUGCGACUAUUGUGGGCCAAGUUGGGAACGUGAUAACAAAUCGGAACGCCAACCGUUUAGAGUUUGAAAGACUUCUUGAUGGUGCCAAAACUUACAUGAGACAUCACAAAGUACCAGGAGGGAUGAAACGGCGAGUUUUACGAUGGUACGACUAUUCAUGGUCACGAGGGAGGAUACAGGGAGGAGGAGAUAUAAACACAGCCUUAGGUCAGUUGCCUGAUAAACUUAAGACAGAGUUAGCCCUUCAUGUCAAUUUAAGCGUCCUUAAAAAAGUGACGAUAUUUCAAGAGUGCCAACCCGAGUUCCUUCGAGAUUUAGUUUUAAAAAUGAAGGCGUACAUCUUCACCCCGGGCGACUCGAUCUGUCGAAAGGGGGAGGUGGCGCGCGAGAUGUUCAUCAUCGCCGACGGCAUUUUGGAGGUGAUCAGCGAAACGGGGAAAGUGUUGACGACGAUGAAGGCGGGCGACUUUUUCGGGGAAAUUGGAAUACUCAACUUGGACGGCUUGAAUAAACGUACUGCCGACGUUAGAUCUGUUGGAUAUUCUGAGCUGUUCUCGUUAUCUCGGGAGGACGUUUUGGCAGCAAUGAAAGAUUAUCCUGAGGCGCAAGAAAUCCUGCAAGCAUUGGGAAGAAAACGACUGAUGGAGCUUUUGCAGGUUAAAGCUAGUGCAAAACAUCCACCUCAUCACAAAGGCGAUCAUCAUAAUCAGCAUGGGCAAGACAAAGGACUAGUGGACAAGUUAAAAAAUGAAGCAAAGGGUUUAAAGAACGCUUUGAAAAAGUCCAGAACCCACCACCGCCGCUCGCAGGAGAGUUUAGAGUUGCAACCGCUUCAGCCGCAAACUCAAAAUCAGAAUAACGGAAAUGGAGCCUCAAAAGGUACCCUCAAAAGAAUGUCGAGAGUCAAAUCGCAUGAUCUCAGUCAAGAACAAAUAGAUGUCGAAAAAAAAGAAAGAAAAGAUAGUCUUGCACCUGAACAUGAAAGAUCCCAUUCUGCUUUAUCACCAUUGGGUGCAGGGUUACCAUUACUGCAAAGGUUAAGACUCCUGAAAGAGAAGCAAGACAAUGAAGAACGAGUUAAAAGCAACCAAAGUUCUCCUCUUAUAUCUCCUCAGUCUUCCACAUUACGUUCGCCACCUCCUAUCAUGGAAGAAACUUCCUUAACUGAAGAACCUCCUGAUACAGGAAUGCCAUUAUUACAGAGGAUCCUUAUGUUAAAAGCCAAAGAAGAGAAAGCUUCAAAAAUGGCUAAAACCGGUGUAGGGGGACAACACAAACCAUUACUAACUAGCAAAAGAGCUAGUACACCAUCUCAUAGUCAACCGACCUCACCAACGCCCUUAAGUUCCCAGAACUUUGCGUCGAGUAGACCAUCAUUUUCUGGUCCCACAAAAAAUGCCUUAGCAGCAGUUCCAGCCAAAUUAUUUAAUAACAAAAUAUCAUUUAGAGAUAGAAUUAAGUUACAUUCAAGCGCCAAAGAAAAAGACAUUAAGGACUCUUUGUUGAAGGAUAGUGAGCCUCCUGCCGUUACGGAACUGUCAAAUAUAAGCGUGCCAAACGUACCGUCCAAUAAUAUGUUAAGUAGUAGUGCAUGCGCGGAACAUUCCUCACACAGUUCCGACAAUAAACCUAGUGACCAUAUUAGUGAUAAGUCACCUAGUGGUGAUACCAAACUCAUGGACGAACCUAGAAGUGCCGAUAACAAUCGAGAAGUAUCGAAGCGACUCGUGAGUGCGGAAAGUACAGAAAGGAACGAAGCUGCCCAUUGGUCGAAACUGAAGAAGGCUGCCAUUUCCGAAGGUAGCUCGUUAUCCAUCGUGAGCAAAGAUGCUGCUGAAGAUAGAGAAGGAAGAUCAGAAGGAAACGAAAAGUUAACGAAGAAGCCUAGUUUAGUGCUUACGAAGAAGACCAAGCAUUAUAGAUCCAUUGAUGAUUUGUCACCCGAGUACGGCCCUCUUCCAUUCGUUAAGAAGCUUAAAAUUCUCAACGAACGUCAGAAAUUAGAGGAAUUAGAAAUAGCCAUGAAAACUAGAAGUUUCUCAUUAGAUAUACCGGAGUUCCAAAGCGAGACUGGUGACACUUUAACCAGAUCACAAUCAGAAGGUUCAUCGAUGCAUCAAGAGCAACGACAAGACAAACAAUUCCUAUCCGCACCGUUAGCACAUUCUCCAUUACAUUCGUCGAACGAAUCCAACGAAACGCCGGAACGAAGAAACUUGAAGUCAAUUUUGAAGAAACUCUCGGAAGAUACUAAAGAAAAAGAAAAAGAACCCGAUAAUGAAACAGAUCAAGUCGAGAAGAUGCCUCAAAGAAUUGAUUCGACGGAAUUUAGGAGGUUAAUGAGAGCUCCAACGAUAGAAGGGUAUGCAGCGAGGCACAGCAAGCUAUCGAAAAGUGUCACCUUUAAUAGAGAUACGUUACAGAGCCCACCAAAUAGUGCAAACACUAUUCUUGGUACGCCUCAGAGUUUGUUUCCUUUUCCCACUGAUAAUGGUUUGGAUGUUCGACAAGAGGAAAAAAUAAAUGAAUUGGAACGAUGCGGCAUUCAAUUUGUGCCUAAUAAAACCAAUAACCAAGUUAAGUUAAUUAAACCUUCCCUUGAAGAUGAACAACAGUAUUUUACAGACAUACUCCUGGCAAUAAAGCAAGUGAUUAGUGCCCAUCUCCACGACAUGCAACACAAAUUUCAAGAACGCUUUGAUAAACUAGAAGAAGAGUUGCGAAAUAAAAACGAACUCAUUCAGCAACUCAGGUCUCACAUUUACGAGUUGCAAAGAAUGACCGAUGAUUCGUUCACGGAAUCAAUUGAUACAAUCAUCAGCAAAGAUAAGCAAUCAUGGGAAGAUCCCACGCAUGAAGAAGAAGAGGAACUUCAAGAUCUUCCACAGCCGAUAAACGCCUGGUCCACAUCCAGACAAAAUAGUGUUAUUUUAAAUAUCGACUCUACAGACACUGAAGAAUCUGAAGAUAAUGCAGAUGGGGAUGAAACGUCGGAGAACGACCCUACAGAUUAUGAAUCUGGAGACGGUGACCAGUACGAGAAUUCUAGUUCCAAUUGGGAAAUUGAAUUAUUAGCCGCUCAAAUGAGAGAUAGAAGAGCGGGUAGCUUAGAUCACAAUAUAGGAAGACCACCACUACGUAAUAGAUUUUUUAAGGGGUCCAGCGUUGAUGGGCACGAUUGAUAUUUGGUUUUCAAAACAGGAAUGUCAGUGGAAUGUAAGGAAUUUUUCAUUUACGGUAAUUAUUUUUUAAUAGUCAAUGCGCAUUUGUUACAAAAUUCUUUAUAGUCGGUUUAUGUUUUAUAUCUAUUAAUUUUUCUAGUCAUAACAAGCAAAACAUAUAAUUUUGAAAAUCCUAGAAACGAUUUAAGGAUGUAAUUAAUACGACAUAUAUUUUAAAACUGUUUAGUGUUACUUAGUGUUUAUAUUUGUAUAUAAAUUUAUUUUGGUUUAAUGAACCUACGUUAAGUU